AUGGGAGAUGAAGGGGAAGAUGCACUUGGAGAAGGAGAGGAAGAGUCAUUGGGGGAGUACUGGGGGGAGCGCAACGCGGCGGACCAGCGCCACGGGCGCGGGUGGGCGCGGCUGCCCAACGGCGACCUCUACGUGGGGCAGUACGCUCGUGGCAAACGACACGGCGUCGGCAUCUACGUGUUCCGCGGGGGCGCACAGUACCACGGCGACUGGCGGCAGGGUCUCAAGUACGGACAGGGUGUCUUCCACUACCCGGACGGCUCCCGUUACGAGGGUAAUGCGUGGUGUGCGACAGGCGACUGGCGGUACGACGCGCGCCACGGCUACGGCACGUACUGCUACCCGAACGGCGACGAGUACGAGGGCACGUGGCACCGCGGCCUGCGCCACGGGCUCGGCACCUACGUGUUCCUAGAGUCCGGCACGCGCUUCAUGGGCACCUGGGUCAAGGGUCGCAUGCUGGGACCCGGCCAGCUGCUCUUCCCGCGGCACCGCUUCCACGGAUCCUUCAAGAACAACACGCCCUUAGGAUCAGGCGCGUACUGGUUCGAGUCCGGCUGCGUGCAGCUGGGCAACUACUUGAUGGCGAGGGACCCCGAGCUGGAGUUCGGGGAAGAAGAACCGGUUCGGCCGCCGCCGACAGGCGAGGGCGCCGGGGAGGAGGAGGAGGAGGGGGAGUGGCCGCCGCGUGGGGAGGUGGCGCUGUGGCGCGCGCACUCGCUGCGCCCCUUCCGGCCGGACAUCAUGCCUCCGGAGCCCGUCUCGCUCAAGAUUACGGACUCUCGGGAGUCGAUCCCCGUGGAGGUUCCAGAGGAGCCUGUGGAAGAGGAGCCACCGCUGGAGAUAGACGACCAGCUGUUCAUGCGGUCGCCGCCGCCUGAGGCCAUCGAACCGGAGGAGGCGGUGCCCGAGGAGGGCUGGCCCUUCGACGAGGAGGACGCUCGUGAGGCUGCAUUGGCAGUGGAACCGGGACAAGAAGAAACAGAAGAGGGAAUGGGCGACGAGUUCGCCACAACGUGA